CCCGCAGCCUCCAUUUUGUUGGUAGAGACAGAAGGAGGAAGUCGUUGGGACCCUGAGGUGGCCAGCAGCUGGGUCGUGGUGCUCGUGGGCUGUGUCCGUCCCGUGCCUCGUCUCUCCCUGGAAGGGGAGGGGGCCUCGUUGCCCGUAGGAGCCGCCGCCGCAGUCCCGAGCUUGAAGUCGCUAAGACUUCUCUCAAACGUGUGUGCUGAGGAGACUCAGAUGUUGGCCUCAGCUCCUAGGCUGAACUCCGCAGAUUGGCCCAUGAGAACUUCUGCAUUGAGACAAAGGAGAGGAUCUGAGAGAAAGCAGCAUCUAUUAUCCUGGGCUUGGCAACAAGGAAGAGGACAGGCAGUGGAAAUCCUGCAAUCUGAAAAGCAGACUGAAAGGUGACAAAGAAGCUGAAGAUGGGUGGUGGAGAGAGGUAUAACAUUCCAGCCCCUCAAUCUAGAAAUGUUAGUAAGAACCAACAACUUAAUAGACAGAAGACCAAGGAUCAAAAUUCCCAGAUGAAGAUGGUUCAUAAGAAAAAAGAAAGAGGACAUACUUAUAACACACCAGCAGCUGCAUGGCAGGCCAUGCAAAAUGGGGGGAAGAACAAAAACUUUCCAAAUAAUCAAAAUUGGAACUCCAACUUAUCAAGUCCCAGCUUGCUUUUUAAGUCUCAAACGAAUCAGAACUAUGCUGGAGCCAAAUUUAGUGAGCCGCCAUCACCAAGUGUGCUUCCUAAGCCACCAAGCCACUGGGUUCCUGUUUCCUUUAAUCCUUCUGAUAAGGAAAUAAUGACAUUUCAACUUAAAACCUUACUUAAGGUACAGGUAUAAAAUAAGAUAAAGUACUAAUGUUUAAACUGAGUAAUAUUUAAGGGUAGUUGACAAUUGUUUCAUACCAAAUUCAAUACUCAGUAAUUAAUCUGUUAAACCCCGUUAAUUAUUGUAGAAAAUAGACUUCAUCUUGUUUUGUGUUGCUGUGCACUGUGAUGUAAUGGUAGUAUCAGUGCCACUUAAAAUAACUAAGUUACUGAUAAUUGUACUUAUAUCAAGUGUUCUCAAUUGAGUAACUUUUAAGCAAAACUACUCAAGAUUAGAUUUGGAGAAUGUUAAAGGAAUCAACUUUUUAAACUCUUGCUUGUUGGGGUAAAGUACUGAUUAAACUGAAUGGUGGUGAAUGUGGAAGGGGCAGUAGGAGCUAUUUGGAAUGAGACCGUAUCCUCCAUUGGCCCCAUUAUAUGCAGUGGAUAGCUGACUGCAACAAAUGUGCCCAAACCAUUUUUUAUAGAAAGUUAUUUGGUGGUCACAGAGUAACUUUUUUAAAAUAACAUUUUUGUAUUAUAGCACUGCAUAGGCUAUUCUGAUAGUGAUUGGCCUCAAAUCAUCCCUGCAAAGCUUGCUUAAAGUAGGGAGUUGUAUUAUGUGAAAGUACCUAGGAAAGAAAGAGCCAUGUAAAUACAUGUAAUAUACUUGUAGCAUAUGUAAAGUUUUACCAUUCAUCUUAACAAAAAUAAGAGUAUUUUUAGUAUUGAAUUCACUAAUGUAAGACCAUGGACUCUUUUUUACACUAUGGCCUAAUUUUAAAGGUCCAAAAUAAAGUUUGACCUUGUGCUAAAGUGCCAGUGUAUGUAUAAUUGAUCUGGUUGUAAACUAUAUUUCAAAGUAAAUCAUAGUGUCACUGUUUUAUAUAACAAAAGGUUUUAAAGCUGCUAAAACACUUCCUAUUUGUAAAAGAUGUGAAAUGCAGUAUGAGACUAUUUUAAUUGUUACUCUUAAGCCCAAAGAUAAACUUGCUAAAGGUCUAUCCAACCUUAAAAAUUCAUAUUGGCUUUGAAUAUUUUUAACCUAUGAUACAAGUAUAUUUAAUCAUGCCAGUGUUUUGUCACCAUUAAGAGCAACCCGGGGACCACUUACACAAAACAUGACUUAUUGCAUAAUAUCUUGAUAACAUGUUUGACCUACUUUAAAAAUAAAUGCUAAGGAUGUUAACCAAAUAGUAAAUUAAAAAUGUGUGAAGAUCAAUUAAAAUUCUGAUUGUAGCCCAGCUGGUGUGGCUCAGUGGUUGAGCAUUGACCACAGACCAGGUGGUCACCAGUAAGAUUCUGGGUGAUCCCAGUGGAGAGUGGACAGGAGGUGGCCGAUCGAUGUUUCCCUCUCUAAAAUCAAUAAAAACAUUAAAAUAAUUUGAUUGUCAGUGCCCUACUUUCUAAUUUGGCAGCUUUUUUUUUUUGAUAUUUUCAGGCAGAAUGACCAAGUUAUAUUUCUCCAAAUAAAUUAAGGUGAGCUAAUGUUGCCCAACUCAUAAUUAUAACUCAUAAUUAUAUCCUAAAGGCAAGUUUAUGUUGUACUUAAAUGUGCAUAUAUGAAUUUGAAACACAAAAUUAAAAAUAAAGCUGCUUUUUCUA